AUGGCUGGAAGUAUUAAAUACUUUAUUUUUUACGCAAUAAUCAAUCUUUCCUUGACUUGGAAUAAAGGCGCUUGCGAUGACAGCAUUUUGGGAUUAAAAGAAGAAAUAGGUAGCCUUCUUCAAGAGUUAAAGAAGUCAAACGAUUUUGUUAACGUAAUGAACAAGCAACUGGGUGCUCUAAGCCGUCAGGUAAUGCCGGCAAAUUGGGAUGUAUUUUUAUGCGCCGGAAAUUCGACUGUAUCUUAAUCUUUCAGUUGCUGUACGUGAGACUGGGCGCGCUUCAGACUAUGUUCGGAGCAAUUUUUUGUCGGAUUCAGGGGGGGGGGGGCGGGUUCAGACAUUCCAUGUGGUUUGUUUUAGCCGUUUUGUUUAGGUUGAAUGUAGUCCCAGGCUACAAUUCACACUGUAGCGGAUAGCUUCACGUGGUGACUUGAAAAAACACCUGUCCCGUACCUUUAAUGAACGAUAUUUUCAGAGGAAUUAUUGCAUCGGAGAGAUGUUGUUUGGCUCAGCUUUGUAUCGGAUAGGUGCUUUUUCGCGCCGCUACGCAAAGCUAUUAGAUAUACUGGAAUCAGAUGUAUCUUUUCGUGUUUCAGGUAAUGCUGCAGCAACUUUUUAUCGAGGAGAGGAUUCGCUCCGAGGGUCAGUCGGGCAUCAAGCAAAUACGAAACCGUGCCGGGGGUACAAAAUCGUACUACAGCAAUUCUCACGUGGGCAGGCGGAGUCUCGCCGCGAUUCACGACCAUUCCAAUAGUAUUCGUACCGUGGGGAUGGGAGAACUCAUCGCAGUUUUGAACGGGGUCGAAUUUCGUACACGACAUAACGACUACCGGCUGUACAUGCCUAGCCGUACAUCACGUGGCUAUCACGUGACCGAAGAAAUCCCGUUUCCCGAUGUACCACCGGAAGUGACGUCACGGAGCAAUGUUACGGAACAAGUUGAGGAAAUGGUACAGUGGUUCAAGGCUUGGAAAAGUGGGAAAUACGAAAAAAGGGACUAUAGGAAAUAUUUUAAACCAGUUUUGUGUUACCUCGAAGGCACGUGGACAAGAAGCACACGAAAUAUCGACGAACCGUUUAAAAGUGACCGCCAUUUUGUCGAUGCGAGCAGCUGGUUCGAUCUUCAGGAGAAGAUUCGUUUCACAUCUUACACAGGACGUAAAGACAAUUUGGAGAAUUUUGCCUACCUUCCCACCACAAUCAUGGAGACAGUCAAUGAAACGACGGCUGUCUUUGCUCAGUGGAAUUACCGUAUUUUAUGUCAUCCUUUGAAAACAUACAUACAUUGGAAUAGGUAGUUUAAACCACCUUUAUUUAUGCUGGAUAGCUGUGACAAUUCUAAACUGUUCUCCCAAAGGUCGAGUAAGAGCCAUCUGGUGUUACUACAGGCAGAAACUGGACUAAAUAGAUAGCUCUAUGAGUUAGGGAACUCCCUAGGCCAGGCUAAUCCAGUUCAAGUUGAAUGGUUACGCCGAAGACAGUCAACGGUUAUGAAUGGUUACGAGUUCGGGACCUCCCCAGGCCAGGGUCCACCUAAGGUUCAUGUGGUACUACAAGCAGUCCAGUGUUAAGGAAAGGUUUGUUGUGUUUGAUAAGCAAUGCUUCAAAUUCAAAUUCUUUCUAGGCUACGAAUGGUGGAUGAUCUAGGCUCCCGUCUGGUCUCACACCAUACUUACGAAGAACAGAUAAAAACCCGCGGGGCAAGAUUCCAAGUGAACCCACGAAACACUUACAAGUGGAAAGACCAACGUUACUAUUUCAAUUUCCUGGAUAGAUUAAUGAGCGAAAUCCCCGGUAAAGACAAUUACCCGGUCAAUCUUACAGACGAUGCUUUUGACCAGCGGGCGUACACCAUGAACCCACAAAAGAAAGGGCAAGUGUUGAAUGCUGGGUAUUAUCACCGCUGGUAUAAAGUGCUAGAGAAAGGCGCGAUGGGGGUACAAAAUCGACACCGUGGCUUCUCUGAUCCUAAUCUAUUUAUGGCCAGGACGACGCAAGAAAAAGUAGCAGGUAUGCUUAGGAUAUUGGAAUAUUCUACUCUUUUAAUGCAUGUAUACGAAAACGUCAUCUCAAUGUAGACAGCUGCAAAUUAUGCGGGUUUGGUUCAUCUCAGUGCACACAUGUAGAAACCUCACAACUUGUUAACAAGAUGCGUUCGCAACAGGCUUGUAGCAAGCUUGUCAACAAGUUGUAACAAUGAUGUUAUUUUAUCAAGUUGCUUGCAAGGUUGUCGCUCACAACGUGUUGACAAAUUGGUGAAUUGCAGGACGAUAACAAGUUGGUGGAACAACUUGUAACAAGUCUGUUGAGCUCAACAACCUUGUAGCAAUUUGCCAACAGGAAGUGCGAACACAUCCUGUUGACAAGUUGUUGAAACAUCAUUGCUACAAGUCUGUUGCAAGUUUGUUACAACUUGUGCGUUUUUACGUGUGUAGUUCACGCAAGUUCUAAUUCCACGAUUGAUUUUCCGCUGACCAUUCUAUGUUUCCUAAUUCAAGGUAUGAAACUGAACGUUUGCCGAGGAAAAAAGAAAGCUCGCCAAUGCGAAGAUUACUCGCAGAAAUGGAGCUAUGCCAUCCCAUUAGAAAUCAUUUAUCUUACACCGCUUAACAAAUGGAAUCCAUACAAUCUCACGUACAAGGGAAUCGCAGAAAGCGAUUUGGGAAAAACCGUGAAUGCUAAUGGCCGUAAUGGUGGUGUUAGAAAAGAAAAGGCAUUUAAUGGAACAAACAGUAAACAGUAUUAUAUCACACCCGAGGAAUUUUUCAGUGGAACUGAAAAUCAAAAAGAUGCCGCUGACACAACUCGUGCCUCUGUCGGGGUUUUAGACCCUACCGGAAAAGUGCGUCAUGUACGAGCUUCUGGUACACGAAUUUUUCUCCCCAAUAUACCGGGUGUUGGUAUUCUACGGCAAAGGUACCCUAUUUUUCCAAUACAUGCCGAAGGAAGCACGGUUUGGAAAGAGUUAGAAGCGACUCAAGAUUUCUUGAUGCAAUCCAAUACGCAUGCUCGGCUUUUCAGAGAGAAGCUUGCCACAGGAGAGGCCGGGAAAUCGACCCCGGAGAAAAAUACCGAUACAAUAUUUUGGACCGGUUCCUCAAGGAGACCGGAGAUUGUACCCAAUCACGUGCACGAGGUUACCUUGACGACCGACGAUAUUGCGUUACUAAAGAGCGGGAAGACCGUUUCCAAGACAACAAGCACGACAGAAGGACAUCAACAUGAAAUGAUGAUUGGUUGGAACAAGGAGCGAAAGUUGUUUUAUGUAGCAAGUUGUCAGGGAACACCUCCAAACGCAGGAAAAUGGCGAAUGUGUUACGAUAAGCAUACACUAUUCUUGAAAGAAGCACCAGAUCAAUAAACUCUUCACAAUUAAUGGAUUUUUUAUAAACUGAAUUGCAAUCUGAAAUAUUUUUUUUCAUUCCUUAAAUAUUCAAUGAAUUUGUCUGCUAGAAUCACCAAUAGACCGUUUGCACUCAUUCCCCAGGGACCAACUCAACAAAAGCCAUGGCGGCCAUGUUGGUGUUCCAGACAAAAGAGUCUAAUUAAAAUUCUUUUGAAUUGGAACACCAACAUGGCGACUGUGACGUCAUGUGCAAACGCUCUACAUGGCGAAACGUACUAAUAUUGUAUUUGUAUGAGUUAUGAAAAUGAGUCAGAACUGCAGUAUCUCAACACAUUUGUGCGAGUUUUUUGGGGAGAAUUUCUACCUAUCUUCAAGGGUACGUCGUCCCAUGCAUCGAUUUUUUUUUCGACAAAGCCUAUUUUUACUGGUUUACUAUUUUCAACUCAAGUUUAAUCUUUUGAUCCUAUUAAUUUCGUUUUGUCUUAUAUAUAUUUUUUCAAAUCAUCAGGGAAAAGGGUUUUGGAAAAUAACAUUUUUUCGACAAAAGAUUAAUUAAUUAGUUUGUAUAUUUAGCUGGCUUAGCGGCAAAGCAUGAUUAAAUAAAUCCUAAUUAAACCAAUGUUAUCUUUCUACUCUAUUUACAUUUUCACAUCAUCUAAUUUUCAUUUCGAUCUCAAAACCUGCAGCCUAAUACAAGCGCUUCAAUUUCAAAGGACGCCUAUACUAAACCUUCUCAUACAAGAAAGCUCAGAUAAAAUUUAGCUCCACAGACUGGCUUUACCACAUUUAGUUGCUAUUUCCAUAACUACCAACAAGCAAUUAGAAAAAUAUAAAUUUAUUAUUUUCAUGACAUGUAUAUGUUUGAAAUUGCAACAUUGCAAACUUUAAUUAAUUUAUGAACGAUCCAAUUAAACACACAUUUAAUUAAAUGGUAAAGUAAUUAGUGUCUAAAUGUUGUAAUAGCGAAUAAAAAGAUGAUCCGAAGUUAAUUUUAGUCAGUAUUACAUUGCAAGGCAGAGAAUACGUUUAAAUCAGUUGACAAAAAAGAAUCAUAAAGAUUUUUUUGGAGGUAAAGGACGAGGCAUUAUUUUUAUAUUAUUUAUAUAUGUAGGCUGUAACAUUUCUAUUCACUCAUAACUUCAAGAUGGCGGAAAAUAUUUUUAUAGCCUCUAGUUUAAUAGAAUAUUUUUAGUUUUGGUUUUGGUAUCCUUCUUUUAUGCUGGACCAGUCAGAAUUAAUGUCUUGCUAACCGAGAGUGAGGGCUGUAUGGGAAAAUAUCAAACCGAGGUCUUGCUGUUUUGAUCGAGUAAUAGCGAGGUUCGAAAAAAACUGAAAAACAUUUGCCCAAGCAGCCUCGUAGAGCAGUAAAAAUUAUACGGAAAAAUAAUUAAUGAGCUAUUCAAACUUGGCUUUAAUUCACCAACACAAAUUCUUGUCAUACAAUAAUAGCCAUUAAUGUAUCUCUAUUAAAGGAAGGACAGUUUAAAACUGAUAGUCAAGAGCUAUCCAGUAUAAAUAAGGUUAGUUAGUAACACUGGUUAAAUAAGACUUCGAGAGGUUGCCAACUACAGCCUGUUUCAUCCAAGAGGAAUCGUCAGGUGCAUGGCUUUAUAGUAAUCUUAAAACAGAUUAAGUAAUUAGUGCCCUACAAAAAAAUUUGUGUUGCCCACUCUGGCACUCUUCAAUGUGCUACAACCAAACCAUUCUUAACCAUUCUUGUCUUCCUAAAGCUUUUUCAGCAACGAUGAACCUCGGAACCCUUGCGCUUCUGUGCGCUACGAUGCUGGCGUCAAGUACUGCAUCCCUUAUCAAUUACGCUUAUGACGAUCCGGUGGCCGACAUUGCUGCGCUACGACAAGAAAUAGCUGCCCUCACCGACGAUUUAAAACAAUCUAAAGAAGAAUCCAAAAAAGUGAACACCAGACUCGGAGCAUUGACUCGUCAAAUGAUGCUGCAGCAACUUUUCGUUGAAGAACGGCUCCGAUCGGAGGGACAAUCCGGCGUAAAGCAGACGCGUAAUGGAGUAGGUGGAACAAAAUCCUACCAGCACAAUUCGCACGUUGGUAAACGCAUCGUCGCCAUCCACGAUCAUUCCAACAAUAUCAGAACAGUUGGCAUGGGCGAGUUUAUCGGAGUUUUGAACGGAGUCGAGUUUCGUACACGGCAUAAUGAUUACCGGCUAUAUAUGCCCAGUGGUAAUACAAGCGAGUAUCAUAAGACUGAAGAUAUACCGUUUCCAGAUAUCCCGCCGGCGGUGGCAUCAAAAGGAUCGGUCACAGAACAAGUUAAAGAAAUGGUCGAGUGGUUCAAGGUAUUAUCGCAAUUAAUUCUAAUUAGCUUAUAAUUAUAUCUGUUCUUUAAAGACGUCGGAUCUAAUACAAUUAAGUUAGGAACAUGAAGAGCACGCCUUAGAAGCGGUGCCUUUACCAAUUAGAAACCUUUUGUCGAUUGCAUCAGAAGCAUAAAACGUAUGUGUUAGAGAUGCGUUUUCCAGAUAAACAUAAUCCAUCCUUCAUUUUUGUCUAAACACAUUCAGGCUUGGAAGAAUGAAGACCACAGCGUACGAGAUUACAGAAAAUACUUUAGACCAGUGUUAUGCUAUUUGGAAGGAACCUGGACAAAAAAUUCGAAAAAUAUCGACGAACCGUUUGAAAGUGACCGCCAUUUUGUUGACGCAAGCAGUUGGUUCGACCUUCAGGAGAAGAUUCGUUUCACAUCUUACACAGGACGUAAAGACAACUUGGAGAAUUUUGCCUACCUCCCUACCACAAUCAUGGAGACAGUCAAUGAAACGACAGCUGUCUUUGCUCAGUGGAAUUACCGUAUUGUAUGUCAUCCUCUUAAAGACUAUCUCCCAGUUAACAGGUAAAGCAUUUUGCUUCUAUGCCCUUCUAAGAAUUGAGGCCAACAGACUCGCAACAAGUUGUUCCAACAUGUCUGAUAUUGUCUGCACAUAACAAGUUGCUAACACCAACCUCGUAGCAACUUUUUACGAACAGCCAGUAUUAGUCUUGCUGGAACAACAUGUAACAAGUCUGCUACCGUCAACAACCUUGUAACAAGGUGAUAUAACAACCUGUUUCAGACUUGUAACAACAACUGAGAACAAGCAGUGCGAACACAUCCUGAUAUCGACUUGACAACAACCUAAUUUGCAAAUCUGCAACAACUUACACGUUUUUUUUAUGUGUGUGGGUUAGUUAACAACAGAAUGGGACCAAAUAUAUAUCAAUAAAUAUCUUACUCCUGUUCAGGCUGCGUAUUGUAGAUGAUCUGGCAUCCAGGCUCACAUGGAAACGCACGGUCGAAGAACAACUGAAGACCCGCGCAGCCCGAUUUCAGGUUAACCCAAGGGACAGCAACGUUUGGCGGGAAAGUAUGGGAAGGUUUGGCUUUCUGGACAAACUCAUGAGUGAAAUCCCCGGUAAGGAUAAUUACCCGGCCAAUGUAGUGGACGGCGCCCUGGGCCAGGAAGCAUACUCGAUGGACCCCGAGAAAGAUGGCCAGAAAUUGAAUGCUGGGUACUAUCACCGCUGGUACAAAGUAAUGGAGAAAGGAGCGAUGGGGGUACAGACGCGACACCGUGGAUUCUCUGAUCCAAAUCUAUUUGUGGCGAUGACGAAACAGCCGACUGUUGCAGGUAUUUUUUGGGAGGGAGGGGUGGGGAAGCAGGGCCUUCGCUCAAAACGUCCAAGUUUCCAUUGUUUUUUUCAAGUAGUUGUAUGCCUAUCAAUCGGAAACUUUAUGAAGAAAGUACUCUUUAAUAAAUCCGUCCUUUUUACAACAGGCGUGAAAUUGAAUGUUUGCAAAGGGAAAGGCAAAAAGAAAAAAUGCACGAAAUACGAACAGAAAGUCUCGUACGCCAUACCACUAGAAAUUAUCUACCUCACACCCUUAAACAAAUGGAACCCACACAACCUCACUUACAAAGGAGACCAGAAAAGCGUCGAUGGUAAAACGGUCACUGCCAACGGCCGGAAUGGCGGAAAAACGAAAACGAAAGCUUAUGAUGGCGUCAACAGCAGGAUCUAUUACAUCACACCGAAUGAGUUUUUCGCGGGAACCGAAACGCACGUCGAUGCUGCUGACACAACGAAAGGCUCAGUAGGGGUUUUGGACCCCACCAAAGAAGUGCGCAUGGUCCGUGCAUCCGGUACCCGUAUCUUCUUGCCUAAUAUCCCAGGAGUUGGCAUUCUUAGACAAAGGUACAGAACACCUCUUUAAUACGAAAACCACUCUAAUACACACACCUCUCUAAUACGGAUACUUUUCAAUAUUUCUCUAAUACAAACAUCUUUCCAAUAUUGACACCUCUCUGAUACGGACACCUCUCUAAUACGGAACCUUUCUAAUACGGAAACAUCUUUAAUACGAACGCCUCUCUAAUACAAACACCACCCUAAUAUUGAUACCUCUCUAAUACGGACACCUCUCUAAUACGGAAACAUCUUUAAUACGGAAACAUCUUUAAUACGAACGCCUCUCUAAUACAAACACCACCCUAAUAUUGACAUCUCUCUAAUACGGACACCUCUAUUACAGACAUACGUGUUAGAGAGCUUCGGCAAGUCUUAAAAUGGUAUUUUAUUUCAAUAUUGCACAGAUACCCCAUCAUGCCAAUUCAUGUUGAAGGAAGCACGGCGUGGAAAGAGAUACAGGCUGUUGGAGAUUUCCUGAUGGAGUCGAACACGCAUGCGCGCCUUUUCCGCGAGAAAUUGUCAGGAGAAAAUGGUGGAAGCACCGACGGUGGCCCAACACCUACACCGGAAGUAAACGCCGAUAUAAAUUUACGAACCGGAGAUUCGCAAAUAAAACCGACGGUAGUUGCUCGUCAUCAUCAUGAAGUCCUGCUGGGCAAAGACAAUGUGACCAUGGUCAAAUCUGGUGGCAACGUUACCAUGGUUACGAGCGAAAACAACGGGCACCAGCACACGGUAACGAUCAAGUGGCAUAAAAAGAGAGGGUUCUAUAUAGCGCUCUGCGCCUCCACACCGCAGAUAACACGAGCCUUCGCUAACAAAUGCAGAGAUAGGCACCCAGCGAUCUUGACUGUGGUGACGAAUGAGUAA